AUGGCGAAAGAUAAUAAAAAUAUGUAUGCUAUAUGUGACCAUAUCAAACGAACCAAGCCGGACGUCCAAGUUACUGAAGAAAUAGCAAAGGAAAUCGGCAGCAACUUCAGAACUCUACCAGCUUUCGAGAAGGGUUUGUUUGAUUACGUUUACAAGAGGCACUACUCGCUCGAAUCGAACGAACUACUAAAGUGUCGCUGGUUGCUAUAUAAGAAGAAUAUUGAAGAACGGGUUUUCGCGCCCUUCCAGUUUCCAUGUAUACGAGAUCUACAUUUCUACAAUGGCUGCAUCCGAUUUUUGCCUUCGGAGUCGAUUUACCGGUAUCCUGAACAUAGGAUGAAACUCAAACCAGGUCCAGGUGUGGACUUGUGUGGACAAAUGCCAAUUCCUCAAGAGCUACUAAUGAAACGGGGAACAGUAAAGAAAGACGUAGUUGGUAAAAAGAAUAAGAAGAAAUUAAAAUAA